GCCUGCCUGCCUUCCUGAGGUUCGAAACGAUCCCAGUGAGCAAUUGCAAAGGGGGGGGGGAGAAAAAAUAUCUGUUUUUUUAUUUAAUGACCCAUCCUGGCCUUCGAGCCUUUCCUUUUGCAAAGUGGUAGCUGAUGGACAGAGGAAAGUUGUUACUCCCAGCGGCCAAAGAGCAAAGCCAGGCUGUGAAAUAACUUGGUUUGUCUACCAAAGUCCAAAGGCAGGACAGAGAGAGAGAGAGAAAAAAGACAUUUUAGCUUGAUUUUUAUUUUUUUUCAUCUUGCAAGCUGUGGGGGUUUUUUUCCUCCCCUUCCUCUGGUUUGGAUGUGAAAAGGGGCUUGACGGGAAGAAAUAGGUGCCACUGUGGGGUUUUUGGAUCAUGCAGCGAAGCCCACAUUGAAGUCUUUUUAAGUUUCUCAAAGUGGCGAGAAACUUGGCUGAUGGCGAAAACAUGAGGGAGAGAAUUAACAGCUUGAAUAUUUUCCUGUGGCUGGGAAAAAUAGGCUGGCUACAAAAUUCCCUCUUCUUGUAAGAGCCCUAUGGAAGGCUACUACAUCUUUUCCAACCGAAAAGGAAGUUUGUUUUAGAUACUCUUAAGGUCCUCAGGGCAGGAAGUGAAAAUGCCACAACCCGUGCCACCGGAACCCCAGAAGGGGAAAAUGACAGUGAUUCUUGCUUUAGUGACCCUCAUCGCGGCCUUCGGAUCAUCUUUCCAGUAUGGAUAUAACGUUUCUGUGAUCAAUUCUCCAGCUCCGUUCAUGCAACAAUUUUACAAUGAAACGUACCAGAGACGAUACAGUAAAUAUAUGGAUGAGAGCUUGAUGACCGCCCUCUGGUCUCUGAGUGUGUCCUUCUUCCCACUGGGGGGGUUCUUUGGAUCGCUGAUGGUGGGGCCCAUGGUGAACAACUGUGGCAGAAAGGGCACCCUCCUCAUCAACAACAUCUUCUCCAUCAUCCCUGCCAUCCUCAUGGGGACCUCCAAGGUAGCCAAGACCUUCGAAGUGAUCAUCAUUUGCCGCAUCAUUAUAGGCAUCUGCGCAGGCCUUUCUUCCAACGUUGUCCCCAUGUACCUCGGAGAGAUGUCCCCCAAAAACCUUCGCGGAGCCAUUGGGGUGAUGCCGCAGCUGUUUAUCACGGUGGGAAUACUGGCGGCUCAGAUUCUCGGGAUGAGAAUGAUCCUCGGAAGCGACGAAGGGUGGCCGAUCCUCAUGGGUCUGACGGGAGUCCCCGCCGCAUUACAGCUUAUCCUCCUUCCGUUUUUCCCCGAGAGCCCCAGGUAUCUGCUGAUCCAGAAAGGCGAUGAAGAGGGCGCAAGAGCAGCUUUGAGGAAGCUGCGAGGCUCGGAUGACGUGGAAGAUGAGAUGGACGAGAUGCGGCAGGAAGACCAAGCGGAGAAAGCCGAGGGCCGGAUGUCCGUGUUGACCCUCUUCACUUAUCCGGGCCUUCGCUGGCAGCUCAUUUCCAUCAUCGUCAUGAUGAUGGGUCAGCAGCUCUCCGGGGUCAACGCGGUGUAUUAUUACGCUGACCGGAUCUACUCGAAUGCAGGAAUUGAAGAAUACAACGUUCAAUUCGUCACGGUGGGAACGGGAGCUGUCAAUGUAUUGAUGACUAUCGUUGCGGUAUUUGUUAUUGAGGCGCUGGGACGAAGGAUUUUGCUUCUGGCUGGUUUUGGGAUCUGUUGCGUCGCCUGUGCUGUGUUAACCAUUGCGCUGAAUCUCAAGGCGAUCUGGUGGAUGCCCUACCUCAGCAUUGCCUGCGUAAUCAUUUACGUCGUGGGACAUGCCAUUGGUGCAAGCCCAAUUCCAAGUGUUAUGAUAAUGGAGAUGUUCCUUCAGUCUUCUCGCCCGGCCGCCUUCAUGGUGGGAGGUUCGGUGCACUGGCUGUCGAAUUUCACCGUGGGGCUGGUUUUUAGCUACAUGGAGCAAGGGCUGGGUCCCUACUGUUUCCUAAUUUUUGGGGCCGUCUGCUUGGCCACUGCGGUCUACGUCUUCCUUAUUGUCCCUGAAACCAAGAACAAAACCUUUAUGGAGAUCAACCAGAUCAUGGCCAAGAGGAACGGCACUGAAAAUCAGGCUGAGAAAGACGAACUGAAAGAUUUCACCGCCGUUUCCGUGCCGUACGGGAAGAAAAUGGACGGGGAGAGAACCAGCGCGUUGUAAGUCUCGGCAAACCACCGAACCGAACUCUCCCUUAAACAUCGCCGGUUUGUAACGUGCCUCUCCUCGGUGUUGGACAAAGGGCACCCUCAAAAACUUAAAAAUCAUAUUUCAAGGAGAAAGGGGGGUGACUGAGUGUUGCCAUUCCCCCCCCAUCCCCUCAGCCGUUGCCUUCCAAUGUGGGACCAGAGUUAGCGAGAUGUUGGUGGAUUUACAAAAUCCUGUUUUGGAAGAGAUUCACAGCGAAUAUUGUGCGCAGGUUGGAAAAAAAAAAACGUGUUUUCCAUCCGGUGGACUCUUGGAAAAAAAAAAUUAUCAGUAUUUUUUGUUGUUGUUCUUGAAUAGGGAUGCAUUUGGGGGCUUUAUGUUGGGAGCGUGUAAAUAAUUUUUCGUUUAACAAUAAUGCUGGGGCUUCUGUCCUUAGAUAACACCCGAAUUUAAGUGGAGAAAGAGACACACCCAGUGGUGGGAUUCAGCCGGUUUGCCCAACUCCGGGAGACCCGGUUGUUAACUUUCUGAGCAGUCUGGUUGUUGGAAGAAAUCGUUAGGGCAGAGAAGCGGUUGUUAAAUUAUUUGAAUCCUAUAGAUAGAUAGAUAGAUAGAUAGAUAGAUAGAUAGAUAGAUAGAUAGAUAGAUAGAUAGAUAGAUAGAUAGAUAGAAUCUGUGUGAGUGGUGGGAUUCAGCUGGUUCACCUAAUUUCGGGAGAACCGGUUGUUAACUUUAUGAGCAGUUUGGCAAACUGGUUGUUGGAAGAAAUCAUUAGGGCAGAGAACCGGUUGUUAAAUUACUUGAAUCCCACCACUUAAGCACCAUUGCUUAAAUUUGAGAGGUGCAUUUUGUAACACAUACACACACACCCAACCUCUCCCCCAGGGCCCCUUGAAGAUGUGUUAGAUUAAGUGCCUUCGUUAGAUUAAAUGCCUUAGUGAGAUUCAAUGAAAAUGAAUGCUUUACGGAGGUGUUAAGAUUAAAUGGUUCGUUUUCCCAAAUCCCAGGCCCAUCCUUGGCUGUCUUAUUAUAACACAAUUGCAUUUUUGCAAGUUUUGUGUCUAUACCGCCGUGGUCUCUUGCCAAGUGUUUUUUUUUCAAGAGAAACACUUCUAAAUUAAACAAAACCAUCUCCUCUUUUUUUUGUUCCGGAUCCCAGGCUGUUAAAACGUUUUGAGAUGGGAAAAGAUCCCCGAAAUGUGGAAAGCUAGCUUCUCAGGGUUUCAUCUUUAGACAGGAUCCCUGAUAUGCUAGAUAUCACUGGUGCAUUUUUUUUUUAUUUUCUGGAGGCAGAUCUGCAGAUCCCUUGCAUUCAAGGUAAGCGUGCAGGGGUUUUGGCAACCUGGGAGUUUCAUUUUCCAAAACAAGGUUGAUGCAACCAGAAUCGACCCUUUUCAAAGCGAACCUGAUUUAAAAAAAUAAAUAAAUCCACAAAUUUGAGAAAUAGCCAAGAGAAUGUUGUACAUAUCUUGAAAUGGGUUUUUUGUUUGUGGGUUCUGUGUGUGUUUUUUAAAAAGUUUUAUUUGCUCUGGAUAUUUUUCCCCCAAAGUGUCAAGGAAUUAUACUUUGCACAAACAGGUGUAUUUUAUUUUAUUAUUUUGAGUGCUGCGAAAUAAAAAUAGUUAUUGGAGA